CGACCGCACACAAAAAGCAAAGAUAAUACAGUAUUUUGUGCAGUUACCAUUAUUUUAGUCAAGGAAAGUGGAAAUAAUUCAAUUUUCAUUCUUGUUUAAUCGUGAGAAAGUCGUAGAAACACCACUAACUAACCUGCCAGGUUGAUUCUGGUUUUAUAAGUUCCCAGGAUUAUUGUAAACACAAGGCAUGGGGCUCACUUGAUAAAGAAGCCCGCUCGCACAAUAUGUAAACCCGUUCCAUGAUUACACCGAAAGCCAGUGUACUAAAAAAUUACUUGAAAACAAAAGGAAGAACUUGCAGCUAGUGAAUCCACAGAUCAAUACAUACGCGAAUUUCUUCACGCAAGCUUCAGAUAAAUAACGAGUAGCGUUCAUCAACAGAUACAUUUGUUUACACAUGAAAUCAACUACUCUACAUAUUCUCACCGGUCUGUUUGUAAGCUUUUUCUCAAUCCUUGCGAGGAUGUUCCAGUCGCUGUCUCUAUGGUAUUCAGAAUCUGUGUUUGGCAUCUUGCUUUAUGUCUAUAUUUGGCAACGAUAACAGUAAUUUCCAAAAAAGUAAGGCAAGAUGAAUCACGGCUGGAUGUCUUGAAACGGCUGAAUGAAAAUACGGUUCUUGUAGUAAACGAUUGGGCCAUGAAAUUUCUCCCUCAGUUGUAUCGUGAAUCCCAGCAAGAUUGUUUCGUGAAGAGGAGGAUUUCGUGGCACAUAUCUGUGGUUUUCCGUCGGGUGAGGGGUGAACUUCAGUCACAGAGUUUCGUGCAUAUCAUUCAGCAGUGCAAUCAAGACAGCACGUGUAUUAUUUUGAUUAUGCAGCAUGUACUCAAAAACUUGAAAGCUGAACACCCCGAGAUAACGACUGCUUUCUACCGCCAAGAUAACGCGGGUUGUUACCACUGUGCAAACACCAUUCUUGCAUGUCCUGUCAUCGGGAAGUCCACUGGAAUUCAAGUAUCACGUUUGGACUUGCGAUCUGACAGAUCGCAAUCGAUUUGCAAUCGAAACAACCUGCUCGUCUCUUACGUCAUCGGGAAACUUCGAUAAAUCUGGUCGGAGGAAGACGUAAGCAUUUGGUUAGUUUCUACCAAACAGUCCAGGUUUAAGUAUUCUCUUUAUCAAAAAGUUUUUUCACUUCAGGCGGUUAAAGUUCUUAAGGGGAGCGAAAUCUGUUGUUUCCUACUGCACAAGCGUUCAAAUCGCGUGUCCAUGGCCUUGUGUAAAUAUUCAACCUUUGUUGGUGGUACAUGUGGAGCCAGUUCAGAAAAUCCAGCUAAUGUAGAAUGCGUGACAAUCGGGCAGUGUACACGAGAGCUCCAGGGCCAUCUGAAACUCCUCAAGAUUAGCGAUGAUCCUGGAGUUGAC